CCCCCAAAAUUUCUGAAUCAAUUUUCCGAUCUGAACCCACACAGACACAGUUGCAGGUGGAAAUCAACAGCUGAUGAUGGUGAAGCUAACAAUAGUUGGAAGGCUGAAUGAUGGGUUACCUUUAUCACAAGGACCCAUUUAUGCUAACGAUGACGACGUCACCACCAUCUUCAAACAACACGCAGAGUUCUUGCUUCAUGAAAUCUCCACGGCGGCGUUGCCACCUUCCGCCACCACCAUCUUCCACCAUCACCAUUGCUUCAACUACAUGGUGAGGAAUGGAAUUUGCUUCAUCACAUUAUGUGAUGCUUCAUAUCCAACAAAACUUGCAUUCCAUUACCUUCAAGAUUUGCAAAAGGAGUUCGACAAGGUCGAUCGAGAAUCCGUCGAACACGUUACCGAACCAUACAGCUUCGUCGAAUUCGAUAAAGUUAUUUGUAACAUCAUAAGACAAUAUAUCGAUACAAGAACUCAGGCAAACUUAUUGAAGCUAAAUGCUAACCACAAACAACAACUGAAUGUUCAUACCGAACAAAUGUCGAUGGUUUUUGAAAGGAGGAGAAAAUCAGAUUUACUCGAGAGAAUGAUGAGAGCACAUAAAAGUACUUCCCCUGUGUGGGGAUCCAACACUCUUCCGGUUAUUGCGGUGAAAUGGAUACCGAUCACAAUCGUCUUCGUUGUUGCAUUCGUUCUUUUAGGGAGCAGCUUAGCCGUAUGACGAGGACCCCGUUAAUUUCUAGAAUUAGAGCAUGAGAAUUUGUAAAGUUGAUCGUUCUCAAGAGAUGGAAAGGAGAAAUCUGCAUAUUUGCAUUUUGAUCGAUGUAACAAUUAAUGAUUCAUUUCAAUUUUUAUUUUGAUAAGUAAUAAAGUUGUCUGUA